AUGUUGGGUAGUCUCCUGGGUCUCCCGAAGCCGGGCACCACUGCGGCCCAGCCGAUGAAGCGGCCGGCUGGUUCUAAGCAAACUUCUUCGAAGCAGACCACAAACCAGGGCGGCGCCAGUUCUUCGUCCUCUUCCAGCACCGCAGGUACUACUGCUAAGGGGUUGUUCGCAGCCAAUAGUGGAGCUGCAGGUAGUGCCGCUGCAGCAGAUGCCACCACUGAAAAUAAACCGCACCCACUGCUAAUGGCGACGGGGAAUUAUCAGCAAGACGGUGGUGCGGUGGCCGGGGCUUCCUCUACUUCUGGGACAACAGGUGGUCUCCACCCCAUGGCUCCUCCUGCUGUCGGAAUAAACCAAAACGACGGCGCGGCGGCUAGCAAGGAGGACUUUUUCGUUUUGAAGAAACGAAGAAUCGUGACGAAACCUUCCGCGGAGGGCCCGUCGCUGCUGUGGGUGGACAAGUACCAGCCGCAAUAUUUGGACGAUAUGGAUUUCCACGGCGAGUUUUCGCGUCUCAUGCUCAACGCGGCGAAGUCGAAAGAGCUGCCGCAUCUGCUGUUGUACGGACCAAAUGGCGCUGGGAAAAUGACCAGGGUAUAGACCAUGUAUGAAUGUAUACUACGACAGGAAACUCAAAAUUGUAUUGCAUGAUUGCCACCGAGCAUGGUUGGAAUUUGAAUUUGUCUUGCCAUACGAGCGAAGUGGAACAAAUGGAAAACCUAAUCCCUCUACUCCACAGGUCUACGCCCUGCUCCGGCAGAUUUUCGGGCACUCGAUCGACGACAACACGACCAAAAUGCGAAUCUGCGGCGAGGGCAGUGGAAAGUUUGAGAUUUGUGCCAAAACCUCGCUGUUUCACAUGGAAAUCAACCUGUCUGACGUGGGAAUCAAAGAUGUCAAAGUGGCGAAAACUUUGCUCAAAGAGUUCACCGGGGAGCGGCCGGUAUUUGUAGUGUUAGGUGUUUCUUUCACAACAAACUGUUCGACGUUGACGCGCGAUGAAGCUGAAGCACGGACUACGACAUGAGUAGAAUUGAUGUGCAUAUAGUACUUACUUAUUAAGAUGAUCCUCGCGCGACUGAAUCGCACUGAGGUUGUGCAGGACACAAAGACGAAGCCCUGGAUAUUAUAUUUCGCAUUCACUUCUUAUUCUUUUUCACAGCUGAACCGCGCGGCCUUCAAGGUGGUGAUUCUUAAAGGUGCAGACAAGCUGUCAAACGAGUGUCAGACCGCGCUGCGCCGGCUGAUCGAGGUGCGAUCGGAGUAUCCAAGAAAAAAACAUUGUAGGUGUAUCUUUUUUGGAGGAACAGCAUUACAAAUCUGUCUGGCAUGACAGCAAAAACCUGUCAUGCGCAGAUAGUACGUGAAAACGCCCUGUAAUGAACCCUACAAUGCAUGCCAAGCAUGACAGACGCAGUCAUCUCUCAUGUUGCGCAUCACAAAUUUACACUAACAACGUUUUUGUCUUGGAUACGGAGACAAACCGGUUCAUUUUCGUCUCCAACAGCAUCGGGGCCAUGAUUCUUCCCAUCCAGUUAUGACUGUGCACAACUCCCCCUCCCCCUCAGUUGUCAUGCAAAAACCCAAAUCCAGCUGCUACCUUGUGGCACCGCGUGCAUGACAAAUUCCGGAAAUCCAAACAGUACUUCUACACUCGGCGCAUAAACUUGUCAUGCACACGGUCCACCUGUACUGGGUGGUGUUUGUAAUGCUCUUUAUGUCAUACAAAUGAGGGGGAGUUAUGAACUCUCAUACUAGUCGCGUUGCUACGUGUACCGACUACCGUUGCCGAGCGAGGGGGAGAUAGUUGCGAAUUUGAAGAAAACGCUCGAGAAGGAGAAUCUGCACAACCUGAUCGGGAUCACCAACUUCGAAAAAAUCGUCCACGCUUGCAGGCAGGACAUGCGGAAAGCGCUGUUAAUUCUGGAAACGAUGGUCACCAUGAUGGCGAACCAGCAGCAGCCGCAGUGGAUGCAGGAGAUUCCUGACGCGCCGUGGGAGAAGUUGUGCAAGUCCAUCGCCACGUCCCUCCUCGGCGGGCCCUUUGUGCCAAAAACGGUGCUGGAGAUCCGGGCGAAGUUUUACACCCUGCUCGCGGCCACGAUCAGUGCCCAGUUGGUGCUCGAAACCAUUUGCGUGCAAAUGGCGGAGAUGGCGCCGGCCAUCACGGAUCAGAUCUGGAACGUCGCGAGCGUUUACACGGUGUCCAUCGCGAAAUCGGGAAAGGAGAUUUUUGCGUUGGAGGCGUUCGCCGCAAGGAUGCUCGCCCUGGUGGCGCAGUUGCGGGGAAUGGCAACGUGAUAAUAGAGAGGAAGUGAUUUAUGGCACUAUGAUGUUCAUCGUGGCCACCGCCACGAAUAUUCUCGUCCGUGGUACGUGGAAAUUGUGCCGAAUUUUAGGAGAACACCGUAUAUGCCAGGUGGAUUUUUU